AUGUCCACAUGGGCCCAAGCUCAGUACCCCAAUUACAAUGGCUACAACAACUAUGAUCCUUUUCGUGCUGAUUUCAAUCCGCUUCCACCAGAUUUUUUCCAGACUGGAGUGUUCAGUCCCGAUUGGGGAGCGAAUCUAGCCAGACAAAUUGAACGAUCCAUCAAUGAGGCGAGCGCAGCCAGUGGUGUUGGUGGAGUAAUGAUGAGCACCAGCAAUGGUGUUUCUACGAUUCAAACAACGAUCGGUGGCAGACCCUACACGGCUACGGUUGCAGGCGGCCCUAUUUCCACCUCCAGAAAUGUCUACAAUAAUAAUGGGAAUGUUGUUGAUGUGUUUACAAUUGUAGUCAAUGGUGUACCAUACAUUUAUACAACCGUUGGAGGCCGUACUACUGUCACGGACGGGCAAGGGAACGUACUCCCCGAUGGUGGUCCGUUCCAUGUCCCUCAGUACUAG